AAGCGAGAGGCCGCGAGAGAUUAGUCGAGAAAUUGGAAGUUUUACUCUGUAAACUGGUGCUCGGUUUGCCGUUUUUGAAGUGCUGAGGGCUUUAGAGGGCUGUAUCACAGCUACUGGCUGUGUUUUUGGUUUGCAUGCGAGGAAGUUUAUGUCGCAUUAUGGAGCAUCCGUUUCAUGGAAUGUUGUUUUGAAGUAGCUUACUUCUUACUUCGCUCACGGGAAGCCCGAAGAUUUCUACGUUCGAGUCCGAUAGUUGCGCCGGAUGUGUUUGCUGGAUGAUUCUGUGUCGACGCCCAUUGAUCAUUAGAAUAUCAAUUCACGAGUCGUCUAUUUUCCAGAUAAUAAUAAUAGGAAUUUACGUGUGUAAAGUGCGGUGUUCGCCUUUGUUGAAUUGGACGAAGCGUUCGGCGGCCCAUAUGUCAGUCUAAUAUUGAAGUUCCUUUUGGAAGGUCAAGGCAGUUUUUACUCCUUCGUUGAUCUGUGAUUUGGUUAGGAGUUUAGCAUCGGUUAUUUUGAGAGUUUCUUACCCCAGAAGUGCAACGAGUUAUUCGUUAUUUGGAAUACAAACGAUUAAUUACGAAUUAUCAACUGGAGUAAUUUAUUUCGACGUGCUCAAGAAUUGCGACUUUCUUCUGUAUCCAGCACAAGUUUACUAGUUGCAUUGCUGACUGUACCCUGUCUGUGCUGGUUCUUCAUCAUGGGUUAAAUUUAGCCUUUGUUCACUAACAUAUGGCUUCUAUUAGAGGCAGCGUUGAGGAAAGUGAACUGGCUUGGCAACAAAAGAAAGACAUUGGACAUAACCCAGGAUAUCUCCCGCCCUCCAAGUUGAUAAGUUUGCAGCGUCAAAGCAAUGGAUUUGGAUUCACAUUGCGACACUUUGUUGUUUACCCUCCAGAACUGAUACGAAAAACAAGUGAGCCUGACCCAGGUGUUAAUGGCAUUGAUCAUCAUGUUGAUGAUGCUGAGCGGCAAAAGUCAGAGCCCAUGGACACAGUCUUUGUGCGACAAGUUGCACCUAGUGGACCUGCUGACAGGGCUGGACUUUCCACAGGUGAUCAAAUUGUUUCCGUCAAUGGCAAUCCAGUAUUGGGAAAGUCAUAUUCACAAGUGAUUGAGCUCAUAGUUUCAAGCCAAGAACUCUUGGAACUAGGCAUCAUUCCAAAAGAAGAUUGUGUCCUUCAAAUGGUGACUCCCACACUGUCCUCUAUUCCAUCAAGCAUAUCUGUUAGGUCACAUGAAUUCACCAGUCAGUCACCACCUCCUGUCAAGCCCAAACCAGUGUACAGAAGACUGUCAAGUCAUGACAGCCCAACAAGAGUCAUGUCUACUGUGACCAUAAAUCCAGCAAACUCAUUCCACCUGAAAUUGUCUGACAAAGAUUCUCAGAGCUCUGCAGUUUAUGAUAGGGGUAUUCCUACUCCAAGUGUCACUCUUAGGCGUGGUUCUGUGGACAGGACUGCAAUGGAGAACAGGAGUUUUGUUAUCACCUCAGAGAGCAGUGCUUACAAUAAUAAUUUAAAGUCGAGAAGUUCAAGCACUUUGGAAAGUAGCUCUGUGAAAUCCCCUCAUAUGGAUGGCUCUUAUUUUAUGGCAGCCACCGAUUCCACUGGGAGGCCUCUUGCUCUUCGUUUUGACAAAGGUUCCAAAAUGGGAAACACUCUAACAGUCCUGGAAGAUUCUUGGACUAAGAGCCGUUCUCAUUCUCUUCCAGUGGGAGAAAUGCAAGGGCAUGAAGAUCAAAACAGAAGCCCUGGUGGAAUAUCUGAGCCAGAGAAAGUCAGUUCUGUAAAUGACAGGUUUGGAUCAAAAAGUAAAGAACAUGGUUCAGUUAGCAUACCCCCAUUCAUGCUGUCGGCACCUAGAACUGUGGCUUCAGAUAGCCCUUCAACAACAUACAUGAACACAAGCCCUGACAUGGGGUCUCGUCAGCCAGUGGCAACAGAUCCAGGUUACAGGAAGAGUCGUCCUUCCCAUGAGGAGACCACAUCAUAUCUAAUCAGAACUAUUGCGUCUCAUAUGAACAAGAAUAGUCCAGUGGGGUUGAAAUCAUCAACAAUGGGGGCCACACUUCUUGAAAGUAAAGAAGGGCUGCCUCAUAGACAGAGUGGUGACACUGGGAGCUGGUCAUCACAAUCAAAUUCGGAAACACACAAAGACACAGAAUCUCCUCAUCCAGCCAAAGUGCCACGGCAGAGUGAGGACCAUGUGAAACAAGCUGCAUAUUCAAGUCAGCUAUCUGUUUAUCCAAACAAGCCCCCUUUUGAUGAGAUGACUGUCACGCGAACAGUUGGACAUGCUGUAUCUGAACCAGACCCAUCUGCAGCAAACAAACAAGGCAGUCCAAAGCCACGUCGGGUUUCGUAUCUAAUGGCAACCUCCAAAGGUCCUUCCUCUUCUUCUCCAUCCGACCAGAAAAUUUGGUCCACAGCUCCUCAAAGCAAGGGAAAGUCACCAUUGGUUGAAGCAUUUUCUAAUAUGUUACCACCAGUUAUGGUACAUGUUUCAUCUGGAAUGGAGCUCUGUGAGGACGUGAAUGAGGAUGAAGGGAUGGACAUUCCUUCUAGUGAGCAGGAGGAUGAGGUACAGUGCCAGCCAGAUGUGUUUUCAGGCACUGGUGAUGAAAAGUCUUCCAAUGAGGGUACAGCCCAAAGAACAAACAGACGUAUCUCCUAUGUCAUGGCAACGUCAUCUCCAACAUCUAAACAUGAAGCAUCACUGGAAGCUACCAAGGAAGAUGAGAGUGAAGAUCUUGAGUCCAUGAUGUCUUGGAUUUCAGCCAUUCAGGCCAACAACAACCCAGAUGAAGAUGAAAAUGGCGUGAGUAGUCAGAGUUUGAUCAUCAGAAGGAUGAAAACGGUGGAACAAGAGACUUCUGGUACAACCGCUGCUUCGUCUGGUCACAAAAUGUCGCCUCCAGUGAACACCAAGAUACACAGCCUUGGAAUAUCAAACAUCAAGAAGAGUCUGUCAUUCAAGAACAUUACCGCUGGACCGAAAGGUGAAGGUGGGAAAAACCAUGGAAACAAAUCGACCAACAAGCGGAAGAAACCUAAACACCCAAAUAGUUAUCCAUCAGGGCACUCUGUUGGCGUACCACUAGAUCUGUGUCCAUCAUCCAAGGCUAACAAGUUUGUGCCUCUGAUCGUGGAACACUGUUGUGAGGUGGUAGAGAAAAAGGGACUGGAGACUGUUGGUGUCUACAGAGUUCCUGGAAAUUCCGCUGCUGUCACUGCUUUACAAGAAGAGCUCAACAACCGAGGGAUCGAAAAUAUUUGUCUCGAGGAAGAGAGGUGGAAUGAUGUCAAUAAUAUCACCAGCCUCAUGAAACUCUUCUUGCGGAAGUUACCGGAGGGUCUUGUUACUGCAGAUUUGUACGAUGGAUUUAUUGAAGCCAAUAAGAAGGAGGACCCUGUUGAAAGGAUGUGGGCGAUAAGAUCCAUGGUGCAAGAAUUGCCUGAUCAUAACUUUGAAACACUCAAAUCACUCGUGAAUCAUUUGAAGUUGGUGUCAGAUAACUGUGACAAGAAUAAGAUGGAAGUACGUAACCUGGCCAUUGUGUUCGGCCCAACCAUCAUUAGGACUGGGGACGACUCUAUGAUGGCCAUGGUGAAAGACAUGUCGGACCAGUGUCGCAUAGUUGAAACACUUAUAUCUGAAUGUGAUUGGUUUUUUGAGGAGUCUGAAGGUGAUGAAUGCCCAGUGAAGGCCCUCCCACAAGGUCAAGAAACACUGCAAGAGCAUAUCCUGUCUCAAAAUGUUCUGAGCUCUUUAGGACAGGUUGCUGUAAAUUUCGGAGAUGAUGGGUCAUAUAAACCGAAGUCCAGCGGAAUAUCUCUUCAUAUCCCAAAGUUCCGAAGUGGUAAAAGUUCAAAGUCUGACUCGGGCCAGGGCAGCUCCUCCGAUGGACCGCUGUCCGAUUCACAGGGAUCCGAGGGUUCGCCUCCUCUCGAGAGAUCGCCGGUGGUGAGAGCUUUGUCAGGAGACGGGUCGAGAUCUAAUUCGCCCACCAUGGAACGAUCAACAAGAUUUAGCAGCAAGAGGAGUACAGAGAGCGCCCCGGGCUCUCUCCAGUUAGUGUUAGACCCUCCAGACGCAGAGUUUAGAGCUAAAGGAUCAGGUUCACUUAAGGCGUAUUCAUACGCAAUGCCGCCCCCUCCGUCGUAUCGACGCGUUAAUCCCCAGAAAAGGUCAACCAGUCCCGGAAUACCUGAGCAGUCGCUUUCACCUUUGGAUGUCACCUUUACCAUGGUGCAGGAUACAGAGGCAAAGAAGUCGGCUGACGAACCACCCAGUGAUCAGGACAACACCCCCAAGCCGAGCUUCUCUUCCCUCACUGAAGAGACACGCCGAAGGCUGCUGAGGCUUAACCUGCAGAAGAAAGCUGCGGAGAAAAGGCGACAGAGUGAAGAUAGGGGGGUGACAUCCCCCACAUCACCGCCUGGUGAAAGGAUUGAUGACGUAUCGCGUGAACGGAAGAUGUCGGAUCAGGGCGUGUUUGAGAGUACUGAUCAGCUGAGUAGCAGCAGCACUAGCCGAAGUAGCAGUGCACAUAGCAGCAAGAACCCGUCGCUAGACUCGCUUCACGUUACUGUUCAGCCUCAUCCUGAUAAGAAGGCUAGUAUAACUCUUCACAGCGAAGCAGCGCGAAUAAACAAUAGCGUGAAGGCGAUGUCUUUUGCAAACGAGGUGGUACAUCACGAGCCAACGCCAAGAUCCGACGAAACCGUGGUGGCUGUUGUAGGGCGUGGAGUAGUGUCUGGGACACUGAGGCAGUUUGAAUCACCUAGGAGGCCAGCUAGUCUGGAUCUUAAGACAAAACGAGACAGUGCUGAAGAGCACCGCCUGGCCAGGAGAUCUCUGGGAUCUGAAGAUAGCAGUGAUGCAUCCAGCGACGAAGGAAACGAAUGCGCCAUCAGCAUGUCCAAGACGUUUGACGAAAAGCUACGGAUUUUACUGGAUGUAGAUAACACAUAUGGAAAUAAAGAAAACAGAGUUGAGGCACAAAACUAUGAGAAUAGAUCCUCUGUGAGAAGCGUACCUCUGAAGAGACCAAUCCCAAGUGGCGUAGAUACGGCACAACGGCGAUCAUCCGAUGAACCUGGUAGAAUUUACAAGAUUGUUGGAGUGAGCCCUUCAACUGAUUCUCAAGGAGAAGGGUUUCACACAAGGAAUUCUGAAAAAAAUACAACUCCAAGGAACGCCGAAAAUCCUGUACUAGAGCGGAAAUCGAACAGUGUAAUAGAAAUAAACACGAGUAAAUAUUUCACGGUUCCUUCAUCAGACGAGCGGCCAAGGUCCCAGCCCUCCUCUCCACCGAGGAGGGUUAGCGUUGAAAGCACACCCGAAGUUUCGUCCAGAAAGGUGGGUACGUUACGGCAGAGAUUUGAGAGCACCUCAAGUAGACUGUCCGAUGGUAAUACAACACCUCGGAGUAGCAGCCAAAAUAGGGGGAGAGAUUCUCCAUCUUCCCUUGCUGCUCGGAGAAAGAUCGGAUCAGUUCAUACAACGACUCCGGUUUCGUUGAAAGAGUUUAACGUCAAACCAAGUGUUACAAAGACUCCGGGGGGUCAGCCUGUUCAAGUGCCAAGGGGCCAGAGGGGCAUGCAACGAGAAACAGCACAGAGAUCACCAGAGAGCAGAACGGUGAGCUCGAGGAAUAUUCGGCUCGAGUCCAGCCCAGCGAAACAUUUAUCCACAUCACCAGCUAGAUAUAGCUCAGGAAGAACUGAUAGCGGCCUCGACUGGAAUGUGCCACGGUCAAGAAUGAAUGUUUCUCUAGUCAACGAUAGGUCAAAAGGGCCGCUGGUUGUGAAUAAAACGCAUGCAGCGCCCAGAGUUGUGAGUAAAGAGUAUGGAACCAAAUCUAAACUCUUAUCGCACAAGGACUCUGCUAAAGAGCUACUGCCUUCCAAGGCUAGAAUAUCGUCAAGGGACGGUAGAGGUUCUCAGACCCAGCGCAAGCUGGAGAAGGAUGCACAACACAUCGCUGAAUUACUAGAGGAGAUGCACAGCGAGCGUCAUCUUCACUUGUCUCGUCAGCAGUCAGACAUAUCAGGAGAGGCGCAGAAAGCCGCUGCUCAGCGUGCUGCUUUCCGCAGGCGCAGGCGGUCUCUGGGAGAUGAUAACAACCCUACUCUUGCACUACAGAGGCCGACCUCACCUGAGCAAGAAAAGGAAAGUUUGCCUGUUAACAAAGGAUGGGAAGGUAGUCAAGGAAACUACCGUGCAUGGCCUCGUGAAGUUGACCCAAGACCAGGUAGCUCGCAGCGCGGAAGCCGUGGUGUUUACACUGUCACGAGCUGACCUACGGACAAAUAAGACUUCUCAUAUGACAUAUUGGUGAUGGAUAUAGUUCAGCUGACCCAAAUUAUCUUCUUUCCCGUUUGACUCUUUGAUCCUUUCUUUUAGCCGUUCGAAGCUGAAAUACUUCAGUGUUCCUGGUUUUUUAUCAGCACGCUGGAGAAGUAUAUAUCUGUUUUAUUUUUAAAAAAACUUAAUAAUUAUAAUGC